CUUCAUCCCUAUUUCCACCCACACCAUCCUUUUUCUCUCUCCUUCCCAUUCUUCUUAUUUUCCCUUUUUUACCUGCUUUUUUUUUUCCUCCCCUUCAACUUUUAUUCAAUUCAAUUCAAUUUCUCUUACAAUCAAACAAAAUCCCCCUUUCUCUCUAUAAUUUCCAAUGGAGGUUUUGAUGGGUGAUAGUGGUGGUGGAGGGGGUGUUGCAAGUGGUGGUGGGUCUUCAGAAUCAAGUGUAAUUUCAAAGGAAGAAAUUGUAGGCGAACAACUGAAUAAUAAUGAUAAUACUGCUAAUUUUGAAGUUUCUGAUGAUUCUGAGUUAGAAUUAGGGCUUGGAUUGAGCCUUGCUGUUAAUAGUAAUUCUAAAAUUCAGAAACAAAUUCCAAAGAUUUUAACACCUAAAGAUUUACCUUCUCCUUCCUCUGCUUCUUCUUGUUCUUCCCUGGGUCUUAGACCUCAUUCUUCUGCUAAAACUGCUAAUAAUAACAAUGCUUCUGCUGGUACUAAGCGUGCUGCUUCUCCUACUGCUGUCAGUCAAGUUGUGGGAUGGCCUCCGAUAAGGGCAUACAGGAUGAGCAGCAUGGCUAACCAUGCAAAAUCAGCUCCCACUGGUGAAAACAACUCUGAAUUUGAUGAUAUCAAACGGAAAAAUGUGAUGUAUGGUGCUGAUGAAAUGGCAAAUGCUAAAUCUAAGGAGAGAGUUCAAGUGAAAAGUUGUUUGUUUGUUAAAGUUAAUAUGGAUGGAGCUGCAAUUGGAAGGAAGGUCGAUCUCAAUGCACACUCGAGCUACGAGUCCUUGGCUCAAACACUGGAGGAAAUGUUCACUAAUAAAUCUGUUGAGAAAUCAAAUGGAGAGGAACUUAUUUUGAUGCCAAAAGUGACAAGACCCUCUAAGCUGUUGGAUGGAUCGUCUGAUUUUGUGCUCACUUAUGAAGACAAAGACGGGGACUGGAUGCUUGUGGGAGAUGUUCCAUGGGGAAUGUUCCUGAGCUCAGUCAAGCGGCUUAGAAUUAUGAGAACAUCCGAGGCUAAUGGACUCGCUCCGAGAUCAGAAGAAAGGAGUGCGAAGCAAAGAAGUAGACCUAUAUAAUCUAUUUCUUCAUCAUGUCUUUAUCUACGGGAAAAGAAAAAACAAAGCGGAAGUUAAAUAUCGGAAUGAAAGUAUGACGGUGAAUACAUACGUUACCUAGUAACAACUGAUCCUCUGGCUCUGAUAAACUUCUACAAGUUUUUGUUUUUCAUUUUGUUGAUUUAAAUUGUACACAUCUUGCAUACGUCGUCAAGAGCGGUUUUUAAGUUAGUGUACAUACAUAUAUGGGGUGCUAGAAUGUAAGGGUUCUUUGGGUUUUAUGAAAUACUGAAUGAACUUGGUUUUUGCCUUUGUAAUGGAAAGAUUUUAUAUUGGUUUCU